AUGAGUGGAUCUAACGAAGAAAUUCGAUAUAUUCUAAAGUUUUAUUACAAAAAAGGGAAAAAUGCGACUCAAGCCGCGAAAAAAUUUUAUGUCGUUUAUGGACCUAAUGCAGUGUCAGUAAGAGUAGCACAAAGUUGGUUCAAGCGUUUUCAGUCCGGGAAUUUUGAUGUCAAAGAUGCAGUUCGCUCUGGUCGCCGGAUAAAGUCGAUGCCAUUUUUGAAAAAGUGGAGCAUGAUCGCCUAUCUUAUGUUAUAUGCUGAUAUAAGUAGUUAUAACAUAGCCGAGGAAUUGAGGAUUGACCACAAAACAGUUUUGACCCAUUUGAAAAAGUCUGGCCAUACAAAAAGUUGGGUACCACAUGAGCUCACUGAAAGAAACCUAAUAAAUCGUGUUCUAAUUUGCGAUUCUCUAUUGGAUCGUAAUGAAACCGAACCAUUUAUUAAAGAUUGA